GUCACCAAUACCAAACAGCGCCGCAGGCCGGCGAGAAGGAUAGCUGGCAUCAGAGUCACGGGGGGGAGCGGAAAGGCCUGGAUUGUCUGUUAUUUCGGUUCUUGGCUCCAAGAAGAGGGGCUAACGCUGGGGGGCAGUGUCGUCCUGUGUCCAGGGUGCGUGGUACCGAGAGGGGGGGGUGCCACUGACGCAUGACAGCGAAGCACCUGCCGAGCGUGCCUUGCAGUCUUGUGGAAACGAUCGUGUGAGGCAACACCAACGAGGCUGUGAUGCUCGGCAGGGGAGCCGGCGGGCGGGUAGCGAGCGAGGAUGGCCACUCCGACAGCCCGGUCGGCAUCCAGCUCAGAGGGAUAGAAGAUCGACAAGGGAGUUCCUCCAGAAAUGGUGGCUUUUCCUUGGUUGCCAGCAACGAUGACGACGCGGAGCAGUUGGUUGGGGCGGGGGGCGACGUUGUUAACGGAGGCAAGCGGGCGGGGGGGGACGACCCGCGGCUGCACCUGAGCUCCGACAGGAGGACGUUCGUUAACCUGCUGAUUGCUUUCGUUGGUGCCGGGGUCCUCGGCAUCCCGUUUGCUUUCAGACAGGGAGGGCUGUUGCUCUCGACGGGGGUGAUGUGUAUGGUCGGGGCUGUGUGCACGUACUGCAUGUGGAUGCUCGUUCGGUGCAAGUACCGCGUCAUAGCCCUCAGGGGGAAGGAUGAAGCUGGGCCGGUGAAGUAUCCAGACAUUUGCGAGGAGGCGCUGGGGAGGUGGGGGCUGGUGGCCGUCGAGGGUGCGCUCGUCGCGUCGCAGUCGGGCUUCGCGACGGCUUACCUUGUGUUCAUCGCUAGGAACCUGUAUGCCUUGUUUUCGUUUCAAAAGGCGCCGGUCAUCUUCCUGUGCGUGCCGGGGCUGGUUCUGAUGUGCCUCAUCAAGCACCUCAAGUACCUCGCACCCUUUUCGCUUAUCGCCGAGGUUGUGAACCUGACCGGUCUUGCCGUGGUGUUCUUCGACGACGCGGAGUUCAUGGACAUCAACCACGAGAGCAUCUCGAUGGCCCAUUGGAAAGCACUACCGUUCGUGUUCGGAGUGGGCGUGUACUGCUUCGAGGGGAUCGGCAUGGCGAUUCCCAUCGAGGACGCUAUGGUUAACCGGGAGCGCUUCACGCCCAUCCUGUCGUGGGUGAUGGUGAUCUACACCCUCCUCUGCGUGCUUUCGGGAGGGCUGGGGUACAUGGCCUUCGGAGACGAGACGGAGGAUAUUAUUCUUCUUAACAUCGGCUCCACGGCGUCGACGCUGGUGGUGAAGCUGAGCUUUUGCGUCGGCCUGUACUUCACCUUCCCCCUCAUGAUGGUUCCCGUGUGGGAGGUGUUGGAGUGCAAGUGGCUGAGGCAGCACCACUCGCCGUCGUACGGGAGAGACAGGAACGUUCUUCGGGCGGCGGUGGUGUUCGCGACGGGGCUGGUCGCGUGCGUGGUCCCCAACUUCGGCCUAUUCGUGUCGCUUGUCGGAAGCACCUGCUGCGCGCUUUUGGCCUUCAUCCUUCCGACCCUUUGCUACGCGAAGCUGGAGAAGGACGCCGGCUUUCCGCUAAGCCCCGGGAGAAAAUUGUUGCACAACUUCAUCCUCGCCGCGGGUCUGUUCGCCAUGAUUUCUGGCACGUUGGAUACCUUGCACCGGAUAGCUCUAGAGUACACUAAGGGCGAUGAAAGCACGUAGAUCGCGCGGGGGGCUGGUACGCUGGUGAAAACCCAUCAUUCCGGACACUUCGGACUCAAUGGAUAGGCCUAGAGACUGUCAAGGGCGAUGAAAGGACCAAGACUGGGGAGGGGGUCAGUACACUGCUGAGAAAUGGCGUUGUAGAGGGGGGGGGNGGGGGGGGGGGGGGGGGGGGGGGGGGGGGGGGGGGGGGGGGGGGGGGGGGAGGUGGACGACUUCUUUGCCCCGGAGUCUUGUAAUUUGUGCAACAAUUAUUGUAGUUGCUAGUGGUAAACCUUAUUUGCUGUGUGGGGAACCUCUCUCUUUAUGAAGACCGUGUUUUGCGUGCAUUACUCAAGAUUUUCCGCUUUUGGCUGAUUCCGGCCGCCGCUCGUGUGUUGUCCCUGAUGAAGGAAGGUUAUUGAUUAUUGUGUGUGUCCGACGCGUAGUACAGAAGUUCAGGAUCUGGACACCGGUGUGCCUGGUAUAUGUUGGGGAGCUCAUCCACACCCUCUGGGCCAGAGGGAAGGGCACAUACUUCGACCAUGUUCCGUUUGGUCAGGAUGCGCAGGCUCGUUCAGCUAGGAAACGGGGCGAAAGACACGUUCUGAAGGAAAUUUUUGACGGUUCUGUGUCCAUAUCCGUUCUGAUAUGUCGCCUCGGUUCGGUUUUGUGGCGCGUUGGCCUGAAGCCAUCAAGUGGCGAAGAGAGUCCUCGUCGUCGAUACGGUGCUUCUCGAGAUUUGUCCCUCGAAAAAGACGGCUUACAUGCAUCCAAGGACGGCCAAAAACCCACGCUGCUGUUGCUGUUGCUGCUGCUGCUGCUGCUGUUUUCAAAUCGAGUGCAGUCGUGUUUCCGACAGGACAAAAACUAUCCUGCCCUGGUCGCACAUAGCUACAUAGCUGUGACCUUCGAGGGAGUAUAAAACAUGGUGUGCCAGGCCGUAGAAAACGUAGGGGCCGCGCGGAAAGCCCGAGAUCCGACCAACAAAAGCACGACUGGGUUUGAAACCAUUCCAACCACUGAUGUUUGGACCUCUCGAGGCGAUGGUGUUGCUGCCAUGUUGCCACCGGCGGUUUCGCUGAAAAACGCCCUUCACCGAGUAGACUAGUUGGCAUGGCUGUGUUCACGGUUAUUGGCUGUUGAUUCCAGGCGGUUGGUUGUUGAGUUGUUCGGAUAGGCUGGAAUGCGAC